AUGAAUUACAACAUGCUUUGUUCUGAGAGUGGAAGUCUCUCAGCAAGGAAGAAGAGAGAGAUAAUUAAAAAAAUUGUUAAGGGUCAGAAAGCUGCUACUCAGCUCAAGAUUCUGCUUCAAAACCCCUUUGGGACUGCACCCUCUCCCUCUUCUCACCAACUCAUGACCAAUGUCCUCACAUCUUUCACACAAGCUCUUUCUAUUAUUCAAUCUUCUUCUUCGCAACCUGGUUCUGCAAAUGGGGUAGCUCGUCGGGAUCUUCUGACUUCCGGUGCAUACGGGUCGCCGUUGACCGGUUCCAGCCAUGAUCCAAUGUCUGGACAUUGCCGUGAGAAGAGAUCCCAAAAUGGUCGGAGAGAAUUGGGUUACCGAGAAGGAGGAUUUGACGAAUUGGGAUGUGUACGGAAGUACGGACGUAGUGUGUCACUGGUUUACAUCAGUGAAAAGCGGUUUUCGAGGAAGGGUGCAGUGACAUGGACCAUUCUCUCUUCCACCACAGAUGAUGAUCAUGCAUGGAGGAAGUAUGGACAAAAGGGAAUCCUGAAUUCUGAAUUUCCUAGGAGUUACUUCAGGUGCAGUUACAAGUAUGAUCAACGUUGUCAAGCAGUGAAACAGGUGCAGGUGGAUGAAGAUAAUCCACGUAUGUACCGAACUAAGUACAUUGGUAUUCACACAUGCAAUCCCACCCCUAAUACGGCAACACACCCAACCACUUGGGAAUCAUAUUUUCUGAAUUCUGAUCAUGACUCUGAUCCACGGGGUCCCCUCAUUACCUCACCAACCUUAUUUAUAAAACAAGAUUUUUCCAAAGAAACUCACACAUCAAGUGAUCUUACAGAUCACAAACUAUUAGAUCCUAUCAUGUUGUCAGAUUUGAAGGAUUUUGAACUAUCCAACCCCACCGUUGUGCCCUUGGGGAAGGAAUUUGGUAACUCUACUGCAGAUAAUGUGUAUUCAUGUACAGACUCUCAAAAUCUGGACAUGGACUUCGGUGGGGUCGCACCCGAUGAUUUUGGCACCCACUUUCACUUUGACAAAGGAGUUACUACAGGUGCAGUCACAAGUAUGAUCAAGACCAAACAGGUGCAACUGGAUAAAGAGAAUCCGAAUAUGUACGAGACUACGUUCGUUGGGCAUCACACAUGCAAUGCCACCACCAUGUCUACGCAUUCUGAAAUAGACUAUAGUUCCACUGCAUGGGAAUCAUAUCUUCUGAAAUUUGGUCUACCAAAUGUGCAAGAUCACCACAUUAGCUCACCAAACCUAACUAUAAAAGAAGAACUUCCCAAAGAAGACACACCAAGUGAUGUUACAAGUCACAAUCUGGAUCCUAACAUUUGGAUUGAUUAUGGUGCACGUAGAGAUGGAAUCUGA